GGUCUGAGGAAUGAGAGGGAGGGAGGGAAGUAGAAAGAGACAGGGAAGUGGGUGACACGAGUGGAAAUUUCCACGGGCAAGCAGCAGGGUGCUGGCUGCCGUGUGUGUCACCUGAUUAGCUGUGGAAUAACCCGUCUUCCAUCUGCCCCUCUGCGUCCCCACAGGCCACGUCCUUAGGAAACUAUUUACAGCUGCUGUCUGUGAGUUGGGUUUUAGGUGGGAAUGGAGAGAGCUUCAUUUCACAUCUGGAUUUAUGGGUACAGGUAGUGUGAGCCCAUCUGGAGGCAGAGGGGCUAGGAGAACAGGAGCCCCCCUUUCCUCCCCGUCCCCCCGAAUGCACAGGACCCUCUGGGGCAGGCCUUGGGCUUGGGAAUGGAGAGAUCUCGCUCUAUCCAUGCUGACAUCAGGGAUGUGAGCGCCCUGGAGUCCCAGCACCUGUGUCCUCAGGCUGGGCUCUGCCCGCAGCACGUUAGGCCUGACCAGCUUGGAAACCUCCCUGAAGGUUCCAGAUCAGUGCCCUGAGACCACUCCUCCCCCAGCGGUAAGGUGAGCUCAGGGUGGACAGGCAUGUGAGCGCCGCCCCACACCUCCCACCCACCCAGACACACAUAACCCCUGCCGGUCCGCUCAGCACCGUCCUGGGCGGCAGUGCAGCGGAGCUACAGGUGGGCCAGCGAAGCCUCCGCACAGUGAGACCCCAGAGCAGGCCCAGACGGGAGACCAGAGGCAAACAGAGAGGCCCUGGAGCAGAGGGGGCGGCAGCCCACACUCAGGACCUGCCCGCGAUGGAGCCAGGAGGGUGCAGCUUGGCCCGGAGGCUGGGGUGCCGGCUCUGGAUUGCCAUCAGCAAGGCGCUGUUCGCCGAGUUCCUGGCCACGGGGCUGUACGUGUUCUUCGGCGUGGGCUCGGCCAUUCGCUGGCCCUCGGCGCUUCCCUCUGUGCUGCAGAUCGCCAUCACCUUCAACCUGGCCACGGCCAUGGUGGUGCAGGUGACCUGGAAGGCCAGUGGGGCUCACGUCAACCCCGCGGUGACACUGGCCUUCCUCGUGGGCUCCCAGAUCUCCCUGCCCCGCGCUGUGGCCUAUGUGGCUGCCCAGCUGGCAGGAGCCAUUGUGGGGGCUGCUCUGCUCUACAGGGUCACCCCAGGAGACAUCCGAGAGACCCUCGGGGUCAACGUGGUCCAGAGCAGAGUCUCAGUGGGCCAGGCGGUGGCGGUGGAGCUGGUUCUGACCCUGCAGCUGGUGCUCUGUGUCUUUGCUUCCACGGACAGUCGGCAGACGUCGGCUUCCCCGGCCGCCAUGAUUGGGACCUCCGUGGCCUUGGGCCACCUCAUCGGGGUCUACUAUACCGGCUGUUCCAUGAACCCGGCCCGCUCCUUCGGUCCUGCUGUCAUCGUUGGCAAGUUCGAAGUCCACUGGAUCUUCUGGGUGGGACCCCUGACAGGGGCUGUCCUGGCAUCGCUCAUCUACAACUUUAUCCUGUUCCCUGACACCAAGACCCUGGCCCAGCGGCUGGCCAUCCUCACAGGCACCUCGGAGAUGGAGAAAGUGGAAAUGGUGGAGCCCCAGAAAAACGAACCCCAGUCCAAGCCAGGGGACACCGAAAUGGAGAAUGUGGGUCAGAUAGCAUAGAACGUGGCCCUUGCCGCAGGCUUUUUUUUUUUUUUAAAUAUAUUUUAUUGAUUUUUUACAGAGAGGAAG